GUGUGUGAUCUGAAUCCCGAUGAACAACUAACGUGCUUGGUUGGGCGUACCUUGCCAAAGAAGCACAAGCUGCAGGUUCUGCGCGUCUAGUGUAAGAAAACGUGGAUAUAAAUACGUUACAAAACGCUAAUUUUCAGUGACCAAAGCACAUAAUAAGGCCAUUACCAAACAGGGAAGAACGGGAAUCACGCCCCUGAAAUGAUUAUUUCCCCAGUGCCUACAAUAAUCGCAAAUUUACCGAAUCCACAUUCUAGCUCCCAUGAUUCUAACCUUCGUAGAGUCAUAAUCUCACUCCUUCACAAGAACCGCAAGAACCCAAAACACGUUCAAUCAAUACACUGCCACGCCAUAAAAACUAGAACUUCACAAGACCCUUUUGUAGCCUUCGAGCUUCUUCGCGUAUAUUGCAAGGUGAACUACAUUGAUCAUGCCAUCAAGCUCUUCCGCUGCACCCAGAACCCAAAUGUGUACCUUUACACUUCUCUCAUUGAUGGGUUUGUGUCAUUUGGCUCUUACACUGAUGCCAUCAACUUGUUUUGCCAAAUGGUUCGGAAGCACGUUUUGGCUGAUAACUAUGCAGUCACUGCGAUGCUGAAAGCAUGCGUGCUUCAACGUGCUUUGGGAAGUGGAAAAGAGGUUCAUGGGCUUGUUUUGAAAUCUGGGUUGGGUUUGGAUAGGUCCAUUGCGUUGAAGUUGGUUGAGUUGUAUGGGAAGUGUGGGGUAUUGGAGGAUGCGAGGAAGAUGUUUGACGGAAUGCCUGAACGAGAUGUGGUGGCAUGUACCGUUAUGAUUGGUUCGUGUUUUGAUUGUGGGAUGGUUGAGGAGGCGAUUGAAGUGUUCAAUGAGAUGGGAACUCGGGAUACAGUGUGUUGGACAAUGGUGAUUGAUGGGUUGGUGAGGAAUGGGGAGUUCAAUAGGGGUUUGGAGGUGUUCAGGGAGAUGCAAGUGAAGGGUGUGGAGCCUAAUGAGGUUACUUUUGUUUGUGUCUUGUCCGCGUGUGCACAGUUGGGAGCUUUGGAGCUCGGUCGAUGGAUUCAUGCAUACAUGCGCAAGUGUGGUGUUGAGGUUAACCGGUUUGUUGCCGGUGCGUUGAUCAAUAUGUAUUCAAGGUGUGGUGACAUUGAUGAGGCACAAGCAUUGUUUGAUGGGGUGAGAGUGAAAGAUGUGUCUACUUAUAAUUCCAUGAUUGGGGGAUUGGCUUUGCAUGGGAAGAGCAUUGAAGCAGUUGAGUUGUUUAGUGAAAUGCUUAAGGAGAGGGUUAGGCCAAAUGGUAUAACAUUUGUUGGGGUUUUGAAUGCUUGCAGCCAUGGAGGGUUGGUGGAUCUGGGUGGUGAAAUAUUUGAAUCAAUGGAAAUGAUUCAUGGGAUUGAACCAGAGAUAGAACACUAUGGCUGCAUGGUUGACAUUCUUGGUAGGGUAGGUAGGCUUGAAGAGGCCUUUGACUUCAUUGGGAGGAUGGGAGUGGAAGCUGAUGAUAAAAUGCUUUGCUCAUUAUUAAGUGCUUGUAAAAUCCAUAAGAACAUAGGGAUGGGAGAAAAGGUUGCAAAACUUUUGAGUGAACAUUAUAGGAUAGAUUCUGGUUCCUUCAUCAUGCUGUCAAAUUUCUAUGCUUCUUUGGGAAGAUGGAGCUAUGCUGCAGAAGUUAGAGAAAAGAUGGAGAAGGGAGGAAUCAUAAAGGAACCAGGUUGUAGUUCUAUUGAAGUCAACAAUGCAAUUCAUGAGUUUUUUUCAGGAGACCUCAGACACCCUGAGAGGAAAAGAAUCUACAAAAAGUUAGAGGAGUUAAACUAUUUGACAAAGUUCGAAGGUUAUUUACCAGCAACUGAGGUGGCUUUACAUGAUAUUGAUGAUGAACAAAAGGAAUUGGCUUUGGCUGUGCAUAGUGAGAGACUUGCAAUAUGCUACGGACUAGUCUCAACUGAAGCUUACACAACACUUAGAGUUGGGAAAAAUUUAAGGAUAUGCGAUGAUUGCCACGCAAUGAUCAAGCUCAUAGCAAAGAUUACUAGGCGAAAAAUUGUGGUUAGAGAUCGCAAUAGAUUCCACCAUUUUGAAAAUGGAGAAUGUUCUUGUAAGGAUUACUGGUGAGUAAUAAACACUUUUAGUGUAUAUUUAGACAUAUAACUCAUGAAACUCAUAAGUUUGUCACGAUAGAGGUUGCAAUGUAGCAAUCACUUCGAAUGAAAGUUGUUUCCAAUUGUUAUCAUGAGAAUAAACGCCAUGCUAUUUAGUACCGAAGAGACAAGCUUG